AUGGCACCGCAACCCACUCAAAAGCUUCGGCAUAAAUCUAGUGGCCUCCGCUCGCUGCUGGGCCGGUUCCAUGAGCAAUCGAGAGAAACUAUUCCGUCUCUAUCGAUCCAUUCUCCCGAGGAGCCACAAGCAACGCCACCACAAAUUUCGAAAUUUGUUUUAGGAUUCGUCAAUUCCAUGGAUACAGAGCAAUUGAGCAAUUUCCUGGCUUGGUUUCUCCAUUACGACGUUGUCGAGCUUCCCGAAUCACCCGCAUCAUGGUACAGCCCGAUGUGCUCCAUGGAAAUGCGUGCAUGGAUUGCCCUAGGCGCUUUCCUCUCAAAGACAACCGAAUAUGGGUUCGACCUAGUGGUACUCGACUCGAUCUGUGACCGCCUGAGGCUUCGCCGAGCGGUAGUGCAUGGCUGCCUCAUACAGCUUAGUGAUCCGCAAAAGAUGGCCUGGACACAACUCGCGACUAUCAUUAACGAGGCAAAGCUAGCGCAGAACCCCGAGGUUGAGACUCUUGAGCUUGUACAGGCAAAGCUCCAUGAUCUGAACGAGCUGGCGCAACGCAUUAAGCCAACCGAAGGCUCCAUGUUCGCAGCGUGGAGGUCAGAGAUACUCGAAAGACUGUGCGGUUUCCUAACACAGGUCCUUGCACCCCGCAUCUCCCAUCAUCGUCUUGGCACAACCCUGGUCACGAACGCAACGAGCGUUCAAGUUCCCAAAGAGGUUAAGGGAGGACUGAGGCUCAAUUUUCUCUACGAAGCUAUGCAGCAAGAGCGCCAGGUUCCCCUCGUUCGCUACGGCAUCUUCCCAGAUUCUCCACCUGGCUUGACUCCCGCCGGCUCUUCUGCUCAUGACGAGGAUCGCGUCUCUAUCCUAGACGAAGACUUCAUCGAGCAAGAGUGCCAGAUCGAGCGCUCGUAUAGCGUCACAAAGCUCAGGGCGGAGAACCGUGCGCUUCGAGCUGAAAAUGCGGAGCUUCGAAAUAAGAACCAAAACUUAGUCCACUCCAACGAGAAGCUAGCCCGGAAAUUUGCGAUGCUCGGGCGGGUACAACCUGCUCUAUACACCCGGCCGGAUUGGAACAACAGUGAGCCGAUUACGCCUAUCAUGCCCGAUUCUAAUGCGCAUGUCCGUCCGCAAUCUAGCAUGCUAGAGGUGCCACUUCCUUGCAUGCGGCCCAGAUCCCUUUCAGAUGGUGACACACGAGAGCUUUCGGCC